AUGGUCGCUCCCUUCACCACGGACAAACUGAAUGGCCUCAGCUCCAAUGGCUAUAACGUGUCACUGAAGGUAGACUCGCAGGCGAAGCUACCACCCAUCAGCCGUUACCCCUCUCUUUGCUUUGAGGAUGGAAAUCUGGCAAUUCUCGCCGAACAGUCAUAUUUUCUAGUGCACUGGGGCGUCCUCAGUCAUCAUUCUUCAUAUCUUGACCAGCUCCUCAAUCCCUCAAAUUUCGACGCCGGAAAUCGCCUGAAUACCAACGACCGUUUGGAAGGCAGGCCCGUGUUCUCCGUCCAAGAAUCGCCGAAGGACAUGUUCAUAUUACUAUCCGCCUUGUAUGAUGGCCUGUCGACUAUCCACGAGGAAGUAAAUGAUUUUCAGACCUUAACAGUUCUCCUUCGGCUUUCCACAAAGUAUCAAACUACACGCUUGCGCCUAGAAACGGUUACUCUGCUACUCAAGAGCUGGCCUCUUACUUUGGACCAAUGGGAUCACAAGGAGUUCGGAACGUCUUCAACGAGCAGACUUUUCUCGCUCAGUGAUAGUUCACUUAAUCCUAUAAUGAUCAUCAACCUUGCGCGCGAGGUUGAUGUGCUACAACUCCUUCCCUCGGCCUUUUACGACCUUUCUCGUCAGCUACCUAGCUCUGUAGCGGCGGGAUUUUUGGAUUCGUCGUCAUCUCACCACCAGCUCUCGCAUGAAGAUCUAGUUCGACUCCUACAGGGCCGUGAGCUUGCCUCCCGCUUCUUCUCCACCUUCAUCGUCAACGAGCUCGAAGGCCGUCCCCCCUCACGCUGGUGCUAUAAUAGCAAUGCCGAUGAUCUCGAGAGGAAGAAAAAAUGCCAGAUCGCAUUCGAGAACAUCACCAUCGAAUUACUUCGCGACGUCAACGGCGUGGUGUGCAACCGCACCUCGGAUCCGCUGUUUGCGAUGGGCGAAGGCUUCAACCUUCAAAGCAACGAUGCAGCUACUAUUGGUCCACGACUAUCAAAUAAGUUUCGUGCAUGCGACGCAUGUAGGAUCGAGUUUGCGGCCGCCGUUGAUGCCGCGAGGCAGGACUUUUGGAAUAGGCUUCCAGAGUGGUUCGAUGUAGAGAUUCCAGCAUGGAGAAGUUCUGUGCAAUGA